AUGCGCUUCGUGCCCGAGCCCGGGUCGUUCUCCCUCCUCUACGUGACGCGCACCAACGGGUACACCCCCGCGGACGUCAACAACCCCUGCGUCCAGGCGACGGCGACGCUGUGCUGCGUCUGGGACCUGAUGGCGCGGUACUACACCCCCGGCCUCGGGUCGAACUUGAGCUGCAGCGCGGCCCUAACGGCGCAGCAGUUCUUCGACUCUCUCGGAGCACAGAGCCUCGUAGCGAUGGACCUCCCCUCCCUCGGGAUCCGGUCGUACUACGCAAGUGCCCAGGAUGAGGCCGACGGGUUGGUGACGGUGGAGCUGGCGCAGGGGGCGGCCACCAGCCUCUCGCAGAGCGUCAACCGCUUCGGCAUCGGGCUGCUGGUCGUGCAGCCCAACCCCAGCACCAGCCCCGAGGCCAUCAUCGACUUCACCGUCUUCGACGUCUUCAGCGUCAACAACUUCCUGCUCUCCGUCCGCACCUCGCAGGACUACACCGUGCUGAGCGCCAUCCAGGCCUCCCUCCACCAGGUCUACUACCCCGUGGCCGGCCCCAACUCGACCGCCAUGGGGGCCAUGUACUACGCCAACAUCAACUUCGUCGUCCCGCAGGCCUACCGCAUGCUGGACACCCCGGGCAACAUCGUCGCCUACCUGGGGACGCAGCAGCUCCCCUUCUCGCAGGCCGCCGCCUGGCAGUCCCCCUGCGGCGUCUACGGCCCGGACCCGAACGCCAGGCUGGGCCCGACCUGCAAGCUGAGCUCGACCCUCAACUUCUGCCACCCGGUCCAGCACGACUUCCUGGCCAGGCCGGGGAUCGACAUCAACCUGCAGAUCCCCUUCGAGCCGGACCUCAGCGUCCCCGGCCUUUUCCUGUACGCCUCCGUCCUCGUGCAGCUGCAGGACUCGACGGGGGUCAGGCCCCCCGUCUUCACCAACGUCGUCCUCUCCGUCCCGCUGACGGGCUUCAUCCAGCACUGCGCCCCGGUCCUCUCCGCGGCGCGUGGUGAUCGGAGGACGGGGCUGGAGGCCGGCAGCUCCAUCACGCAGGACAUCAACCAGCUCACCCACAGCCUGGGCAUCGACAGCGCGCCGCUGGCCACCUACUCCAUCGACCUGACGGGCUCCAGCCUCAUCAGCAGCAUCACCGACGCGCUCAUCACCGUCAAGCUGGAGGGCUACCCCUCGUACUUCACGGCCAACCCCACCCUGCAGAUCUACGUCGACCAGGUGCUGACGAUCCACACGCUGAGCAACGCCACCCGGGCCAAGGUCAAGUACCUCAUCGACAACUACGCGGCCUACUACACCGUGCCGCCCUCCCCCGGCGGCUCCUACACGCAGCUCGUCCUCAGGCAGGCGCUGCUGGACCUCUGCCAGGAGGGGGCGCCGAGCAACACCAGCGACUGCCUCUACCGAUGGGAGGUGCAGGACCGCAUCACCGUCGACCCCUUCUUCGCCCACCGCGUCUCCGGGACGAGCCAGGACACCACCUGGCUCGCCAACGUCAUCGGCACCUCCGACCUCGCCUCCCAGGUCGCCAUCAACGUCAGCCAGUACCAGGGCAUACCGGGCGGGGCCGACCCGAGGUACAACUCCGUCGUCUGGCUCUACCCGGCCUACGCCUGGCCCGGCAAGUCGAUGUUCUACCUCUCGGACUACGUCUUCGCCGCCGUGGCCUUCAGCGUUCAGGCGGUGGGCCAGCCCGUGGGGAACAGGCGCCUGCUCUCCCUGGAUGAGCGCGAGCGGGAGGAGGGCAGGCUGAAGUGGGAGGAGAGGCGGAGGCAGAGGGAGGCGCGGGAGAAGAUAAAGACAUGGCACGGCCAGAACGUCAACGAGGAGGACGCGAGGAGGGAGGCCAAGGCGGCGGAGGGGAAGGGACCCAGGCGGGUCAGGAGCCAGCGCAGGCCCCACCUGCAUGUGAUCGAGAAAGUCGUGGAGGAGUACUGA